AGGGAGUGAUGAGAAAAUAAAAAGAGCAACUUCCGACAACGAAAAAUAAACGAAAUCGGGUUCCUCCGGGCGACAAGCGAAGGCGGUUCAUCUUCAAACCUCUCGUCACCAGGCACUAUAUCACUUAAUUAAUGGAGUUAAAGAGCAUUAAGGACGCGUUUGAUCGCGUUGCAAACAAGCAGAAACUCUCAUACACCAAAACACACGAGAUUAUUCAGCUGCUCUCUCAAGAACUCGACAAGGCCUUGAGCAUAUUACAGGAAGCACCACCACAGUUCGAUCACAGAUCUAUCCUCGCCGAUGUGAAGAAAACGUUCAUGGAGAAUCAGCUUGACGUUGCUCUCACCAAGUACCCCAAAUUCCUCGAGAAGCAACUCAACUCCGACAUAUCAAAGGCUUACAGACACAACAUCGAGUUCGAUACACAUGUGGUGAACCAGAUAAUAGCCAACUUCUUGUACCGUCAAGGAAUGUUCGACAUCGGCGACUGCUUCCUCGCCGAGACUGGUGAUGAAUCUGAGUGCUCCACAAGACAGGCUUUCGUCGAAAUGCAUCAGAUAGUGGACGCUAUGGAGAAGAGAGAGCUUGGACCAGCUCUUAACUGGGCAGCCUCAAACUCAGAGAAGCUAAAGCAAACAAGAUCCGAUUUAGAGAUGAAGCUUCACAGCUUACGCUUCUUGGAGAUAGCUAAAGAGUCCCAAAACUCCCAAGAAGCUAUCAACUACGCGAGGAAACACAUCGCGGGAUACGCUGAUAGCAGCUCCCUUUACGAGAUCCAGAAGCUCUUUUGUUCUCUCUUAUGGAGUAAAAACCUCGGACACUCGCCGUACUCUAAACUCCUCUCUCCCUCUCGAUGGGACAAAGCAGCGAGAGAGCUGACGAGACAGUACUGCAACAUCCUACUCGGCGAACCAUCUGAAAGCGCGUUGAGUACAACGCUAACGGCGGGGACGCAAGCUUUGCCUGUGCUGUUGAAGUACAUGAACGUGACGGCGAGCAGCAAGAAGGUUGAUUGGCAGAGUAUGGAGCAGCUUCCUGUGGCCGUGGAGCUGUCCGAGGAGUUUCAGUUUCACUCGGUGUUUGUGUGUCCUGUCUCUAAGGAGCAGGCGAGCGAUGAGAAUCCUCCGAUGAUGAUGUCGUGUGGUCACGUGCUGUGUAAGCAGACGAUCAACAAGAUGUCGAAGAAUGGUGCGAAGUCUUCUUUCAAGUGUCCUUAUUGUCCCACCGAUGUUGACAUCCUGAGGUGUAGGCAGUUGCAUUUUUGAAAUGGGUUUGUGUUUUGCUACGUGUUUGGUUUGUUCAACUUUCUAUAUAUUAAUUAAUAGAUUCUUUACAUUUCCGUAA